GUGCCUGAGUCAGAAUUGCGCUUGAUGAAAUUCAUUCUGACACCGAGCCCGCAGGCUCCCUGUCGAUGCCGACGAACGGGGGUGCCGAACAACACCGCAGCACCGAGCGGGGCAAUGACGGACAGCAGGUCUCAAGGCCAUGUCCAGCCGGACGAGCAUCCGACUCCAGACGUCAGCAGCAGUGUCCGGCCAAAUCCACCCGCCAACUCGCAGCCAAGCUCGCCCUCAGCACGCAUCGGCUCGGCUGCAGCAUGUCUGACUCGCCAAAAUGGAAGAACAAGCGGGCCAGCGCCAGAGCCCGCAUCAUCCGGGAACAUGCGCCCCGGUAUUCCGGCGAGACAAGCUUCUUCGCAGCCGCACCGACCCAGAUCCUGUGCUUCUUGAACCUCGGAUACACCGGCGAGGUCGGAGGGGUGCUGGGCUCGGCCAUGGACGAGAUCCUGUCGGAUUUCAGCGGCUUUCGCAGCGUCGCCAUGGCUCUUGGAAAGCCAUAUUCAUUUGCCAUCUUUGCCGACGCCCGCAGCGCCGGGUCGGCUCUGUCUCGUCUCGAUGGCACAGCGCAUCCCGCAGCCGGUGGCAAGUGCCUGUUACUCGAGUUCGUCGGUGAGAUACCGCCGGCAUAUCUGGCGGCUUCUAAGGUCCUAUCGAGCCCAGAGGAGGUUGCGGCUGCGAUCCCGGGACUUUUUGUCGUGCCUGAGUUUGUGGAUACUGAGCACGAACAAGCUCUGCUGAAGGUCAUCGAUGCCGGUGCAUGGGACUCGCUCAGGGACAGACGGGUGCAACACCAUGGAUUCAACUUCAAUUACAUUAGCAACAACGUCUCUACCGACGGCUCGGACACUGCCUCGAUUCCGGCUCUGCCAGCAUGGUGUGUGCCGGUCGUGUCGGAAUACCAACGACGCUUUCCCGGAUUCCCAACACCAAACCAGCUCACAAUCAACGAGUACGGCCCCGGUUGCGGAAUCGCUCCGCAUGUGGACGUCCAUAGCGCAUUUGCUGGACCAAUCGUGUCUGUCAGCCUGGGCUCGCCAGUCGUCAUGGAGUUUCGCAGAUUCAAGCGAGCACAGCCAUCCGCUUCCAAGAAUGUCACCGAUGGCCCGAUUACGGACAAAGCCUCGGCAGUGUCCUCGGUUUCAUCCAAAUCCACACCCGAGUCUGAAUCCAAGUCUGAAUCCAAGUCUGAAUCCAAGUCUGGGCUCGAGUCGCUGAACGUAUGGCUUCCGCAACGGUCGCUUGCGGUCUUUUCCGGAGAAGCUCGAUACGGAUGGGAGCACGGCAUUCGUCCCCGCAAGGUCGACAUGCACGACGGCCGCAUUGUCGAGCGGGGCCUCCGAGUCAGCCUCACGUUCAGGGCGGUGGUGGCAAUGGAAGAACGGGCCUGCCAUUGUGCGUGGUCUGCAAUGUGCGAUGCGCAGGGAGGCGGCAGCGGUGGUCGAGGCAACGGUCGAGAAUUCAAAUGCACUUCCAGCCAAUCCAAUAAUUAACGGGACAGCCCGGAUUUUGAUCGUUGGUGAAUGUUAUCACUCAAAACAUCGCGUGCUGGCCAUGACCGUUCAGUGAUGUGUUUCUGGAUCUGAAUCAAGGACGCUUUCUCCCUCAGAUGGCUCCCCGGAAGCGAAAGGCACCACCCGGGCGACGGUGAUUCAGGGGACUCGAUCUCC